AUGUGGCGGGCGGUGUCGGGGGCGCGGCGGCUCCUGCGGCCGCUCGGGGCCGCGGCCGGGGCCCACCCGCGGGCGGUGCCGCCGCCACCCCGGGCCCCGCCGAGUCCCCGCGGGGGCUGCGCGGCGGCGGGAGCCGGGGCCGGGGUGCUGGAGGCGGCGGCGGAGCGGCGCCAGGCGGCAGAUACUGUUCUUCAGAAGUUCAACAUUGACUUUGUUGUAGCACUGCUGAGGCAAGAAAAUGCUAAAGACAUCUGUGUCAUCUGUCCACCUCCAGAAAUAAAAUACUGUGAUUAUUUUAUAAUUGUGAGUGGAUCUUCAACACGGCAUCUCCAUGCAAUGGCACAUUACAUGCUGAAAAUGUACAAGCAUCUCAAAGAAGAAGGCGAUCCUCAUACUCAGAUUGAAGGAAAAGAGACAGAUGACUGGCUGUGCACUGAUUUUGGUAACAUAGUGGUGCAUUUCAUGCUGCCAGAGACACGAGAGGUUUAUGAGUUGGAGAAGCUGUGGACUCUCGGUUCCUACGAUGACCAGUUAGCAGAGAUGACUUCACAGUCCCUGCCAGAAGACUUUAUAUUUGGACUGACUGCUGACAGCAGUGAUCAACUUGAGACAAGAACUUAAUGCAGCUACUGUGUGGAAAGAGAAUGGGUGUGCCUUCACAGAUCAGAGAGAGGCUUUGGAACUGACUGAGCAGUCAGUACAGUUAUCAGUACAAAACAGUGUAUUUACUGGAUGUGCCUAAGCAAAGUUCUAAACCAACUGAAAAAGUGAUCAGAAUCAUAGAAUCAUCAAGGUUGGAAAUGACCUUUAAGAUAAAGUCCAACCAUAAAAUGUCAAAGAGGGAAUCCUCUUAGAGCUUCCUGGGGGAGCCACUGUCCCAGUGGAGUUUGCAGUGAGAAGAGUGGGAUAAAAACAGCUGCUCAAGCUACUUAACCUGAAACUCAUGCUCAUCCUCUGGAGUAAUUGGUUUUUUUAGUGUCUUUGAAAAACUUGCCUGUAGUGGCAGUGCAAAACAGAUUUGAGUGCUGCAAGUUAAAACUGUGAAAUAGUACAGCUGGGAUGACGCUUCUUGUGUUAAGCCAUUUGCUUCUGGUCACAAUAAAGCAAGUCAUGGUCUGAGUUGAAGGGGGACAGAAAACAGACUGGUGUUACUAAGAACAUAAAAGCCAAGAGCAGCAGUGACAAAUAAAAUGUGCUUUGAGUUAACAGAACAGUAAGUCAGUUUUUCAGCCAAGGCCAAUCUGGUUUUAAUAAUAAUAAAACCCAAACUGAAGUGCUUCAAUUAGUUGUCUUCAGUUAAAAGAUUCAGCUCAUUCUGCAUGUGCAGUUGGCUCCUCCUCUAGCUUUUCUCUCACCUGCUUUCUGAAAAGGGACACUGAGAAACACUCUGGCAGUAUAAACCUUCAGCUCUUCGAAGUGGGCAAAAAUAGCUCCAUAGGAAGCCCUGGGUCACUGAGCAUUACUUACUGCAAAUGGACAGUUGGGCACUCUCAGAAGUUAUCACACAGUUUGUGCUUAAUCUGACUGCUCAGUGCUCUGCUAACCAGUUAAGAAGAGCUUCAAGGUGGUAAACUUGUCUAUGUAACACACUCCACUACAGGGCAGAGCUUUCAUCACUGGAUUAGGAUCUCUUCCUUCUGGAGAAAUUUGCAUUGCUAUGCAUCAGGAAGCAGAAAUGAGAUUCUGAGGGUAGUCACCUUUUUCACCCCAUAGCACCACAAAGUACUCCGAGCCCUGCACAGCAGCUGCUCAAAGUGAGCCUGGUCAUUGUGCCUAAUGCUGUGUUGUUCAGGAGGAUGUGUGCGUGUAUUGAAUUAAACAAACAAACAAACAAAACAACCAAAAAAACACACCCAAAACCUUCUCCCUCUAUUUCACAUCAUGUUUUCUUUCUCUGCCUAGCCUCUCUUCUUUCAGGAAUGAGUGCCCCCAAGUUCACCUGCUCUUUGAUACAGGGCAGCAGAUACUUCUGCAGUUAAGCAAAGGGCAUUUAUAAAAUGUAGUUAAAC